AUGGUCAACCAUCCGUCCGAGGACUAUAUUACUCAGAUUGCACGGUUUGAUCCCUCUAAAGGCUUAUUUGAUGUCCUAAGUGGGUAUAGCAUGUUUCAUGACCGUAUGCAGGAGGCGCAACUGAACAUUAAAGUUCCGAAGCUAGUCAUCUACGGUCAUAGGUCUAUUGACGACCCUGAUGCGACUAGGACCUACGAAGCGGUCGUCAAUCAGAUCGAAGAAAAUAUGCCCCAUCUGAGAGACCACAUUUGUGUUGUUCGUGCGAAGCCCUCUAAUCAAGUCCUAAAUGCAGUUCUUUCUAAAGCAAAAAUUGUGCUGCAGCUUUCGGCCUGUGAAGGGUUUGAGAUCAAGGUCGAAUCGGGCUUUCUUAUCGAACCACACGAUCCGUACAAUGUAGCCCAGCGCCUUUUAGAGGUGCAUACGGACGAAGCCACUGCCGUUGGCCACUCAUGUCUGUAUUUGGUGAAGAAGUUGGUGGAGAAGUUGGUGGAGAAGAAGGCCUGGAAGUCUUAA